AAACAUCUUCUUUUCAGCUGUACCCAGGGGCGGACUGACUAUUUGGAAACUCGGGCACUGCCCGAGGGCCCUGAGUCAGUAGGGGGCCCCAUGAGAUGCCCCUGGUACCUUUUUCUUAGGUUUUUUUGAGUUUAGGCAAGGACACAGGGGCCCCAUGAUCCCCUAUUGCCCGGGGGCCCCAUGAGUUGUCUGUCUGCCCCUGGCUGUACCACUGGUACUGUGUGUACCAGAAAUAUACACAAAGCUUUAGGGGCCCCAUGAGUUGUCAGUCU